AUGGCGUCAGACCCGACCAGCGUCGCUGUGAGCGACGAUGUCCACGCCAUUGUCAAGGACAAGGAGACCAAGCUGGCCCCCGCCCUGUCCGCUCAGGAAGACAACAAUCUAGGCAUCAGCGUCGCUACUGCUGAUGGCGAUUCCCCGACCGAGGAGGAGCUGCACACUCUGCGCCGAGUGCCUGACAAGAUCCCCUGGAGCAUCUAUACCAUUGCCUUCAUCGAGCUAUGCGAGCGCUUUUCGUAUUACGGUACGACGGCGGUCUUUACCAACUUCAUCCAGCAAAAAAUGCCUGAAUACUCGACCACUGGCGCCAGCUACGACAUCGAGCAUGGGCAAGCUGGUGCCCUGGGCCUCGGCCAGAGGACAGCGUUUGCCCUGACCACCUUCAACUCGUUCUGGCAGUACACCCAUGCCCCUAUUUGGAUGGUUGUCAGGACACUGCCGGGCGGCGAGCGCGUUGUCGUCGAUCCCGCGGCGACAGCUUCGCGCGUGUACCACUACUUCUACCUGUUCAUUAACAUCGGCGCCCUGUGCGGUCAGAUCGCCAUGGUCUACUGCGAGCACUACGUCGGCUUCUGGCUGUCUUUCACGCUCCCCACCAUCCUUCUCUCCCUCUGCCCUCUGGUCCUGCUCUGGGGCCGCCGUCGCUACAAGCGCGUCCCGCCCGAAGGUUCCGUCCUCGGCCGGUCCUUCAAGCUUUUCUUGCUCGCCAACAAGGGCCGCUGGUCCAUCAACCCCGUUAAGACAUACCGGCAACUACACGACGGCACCUUUUGGGAAAAUGUCAAGCCGUCCAAGUUUGACGCUGCCUCCAAGCCCAAGUGGAUGGACUUCAAUGACGCUUGGGUUGACGAGGUUCACCGUGGUUUCAACGCCUGCGCUGUCUUUUUGUGGUACCCCCUUUUCUGGCUUUGCUACAACCAAAUCAACAACAACUUGGUUUCGCAGGCCGCUACUAUGCAGGUCGGCGGCGUUCCCAACGAUGUCAUGAACAACCUCAACCCCUUCGCCCUGAUCAUCAUGAUUCCGCUGCUCGAUAGCGUCGUCUACCCGGCAUUGCGCAAGAUGCGCAUUAACCCUACCCCCCUCAAGCGUAUUGCCAUCGGUUACUACGUCGCGGCCGGCGCCAUGAUCUGGGCUUGUGUCAUCCAAUACUACAUCUACCAGAAGAACGAGUGCGGCAACUACGCCAACGGCCUGGUCCCCGGCACCGACGUUGAGUGCGCUCGUUCCCCGCUCAGCAUGUGGGCGCAGACGGGCUCCUACGUGCUCAUUGCCUUCUCCGAGAUCAUGGCCUCCAUCACCUCGCUCGAGUACGCCCACUCCAAGGCGCCCGCCAACAUGCGCUCCAUGGUGCAGUCGGUGGCCCUGUUCAUGAACGCCAUCUCGUCCGCCAUCGGCUUCGCCCUCGUGCCCCUCGCCGACGACCCGCUCCUCGUCUGGAACUAUGCCGUCGUCGCCAUCCUUGCCGUCUUUGGCGGCACCAUGUUCUGGAUCCAGUUCCGCCACCUCGACAAGCAGGAGGACCAGCUCAACAUGCUGCCCAAGGGCGCCAUCGGCGACAAGGUCUCCAAGGCCAAGUUCGAGGACGACGAAAAGUCCGAGGUUCGGGUUUGA